AUGAGAGUUGCUUCUUCAUCUGCUAGGAUCAAGCGCCUCGUCAGCGCGAACAGUAAGAAGAUAAAUGGCAUGCAGGAGAUCCGAGAUAUACUGCUCAACCCUGAACAGUCAAGCGCGGAGCUGACUCAAUGUUGCAAGUUACGGCCAAGAGAGCUAAAGAGUCGUCUGCUCGAGCAAAGAGUCCUUAAGUUGCACGAACUGCCGAUCCAGAAGUUGGUGAUAGCUCCGCUGGUCAAGUUCGACACUCAUGUUAAAGCCACAGAGGCAUCCAAGCAUGAGAUUGUUGCUAAUGUGUACAAGCUGGGAUACUUGGAUUGCAGGAAUAGUGAUUCUCCUUGUUGCCCUCUCGAACAUGAAGACAGUAAGCAGCUCUAUCCUGACCUGCCCCUUGCUCAAAGUGAGCAGAGCAAUGUUGUGGGUGCAGAAGCAGUGGAAGAGCAGAUAGCAGAUGAAGCUACAAUGGAGGAAGACAACUCCCAAGGUGGCGUAGCUGAUAAGGCUAGGCCAGAUGCGAAGGAGCAGGCAGGUGAGGCCGUUGAGUAG